GAUGUUCCUUUCCAUUAGUCAUAAAAAGAUAUUUUACAUAAGAAAAGAAAUAGUCCAUCUCUGAGUAACAGAGGCUCAAAAUCUUUGUUCUUUGAUAAGUUUAAGGUAGUAAUAACAGGAAUCAUCAUCAUAAUACUCUCUUCCAUCUCCAAUGUUGCACUCUGUUCCAUCAACCCUCUCUGUCCCUCUCUCACUCACCCGUCAUCAUCAUUCACCAUCUCUUCCUCUUGUUCAUUUUCUUCAUAGACCCUCCAACACUACUGUUUCGGCCAUUCCUCCUUUGGCUUCAACAUGGCUUCCUAGCAUAACACAAGAAUUUGGACCCAUUGAACUCCCCUUUUCUACUACUGACGACCCUUCUACCAUUCAAGUUGCUUCCAGCGUUCUUCUGUCCGUAGCCAUCACACUCUACUUCUUUCGCUCUAUCCAGCGCAGAGCAAAACUUGCCAGAGAAUUGAAAUACAGGUCUUCAGGAGUGAAGAAGUCAUUGGAAAACUUGAAAGGUAUGAGGUCAACUUCCAUUAAAGCUAAGAGUCCACCUUCACCUGAUCAAGCACUGUUGGGGGCAAUUAUAGCAGGUGUUAUUUCUAUUAUCCUCUUCAGGUUCACCACAACUAUAGAAGCAGCUCUUGGUCGCCAAACACUUUCUGAUAAUUUCUCGGUCCGCCAGAUAACAAUCACCAUAAGGACAAUAAUAAAUGGCUUGUGCUACCUUGCUACAUUUAUCUAUGGUUUCAACUCUAUUGGAUUAAUGCUGUAUUCUGGCCAACUUGCCAUGGAAACCUUUGUGGGAGGGUCAAGUGGAAAGGAAACUGAAAGCAAAAUCAUUGAGCAACCAGGCUUAUCAAAUGCAUCAGUUGAGAAUCUUACAAAUAAUAACAAAUUGAGCAGCACAAAGGAAGAUCAAAGUUCAAAUAAUUCACUAUAAUAGAAGUCCUGUACUGAAGUUAAAAGUGGAGGUGUUAGUCUUGCACUUUCUAGAGUAAUGUUGGUGACAAGUAAUCUUUCAUGAAGUCACUAGUCUUGAUGGAAUCUUCUAUAGGUUGCUUUUGUUGAUUGGAGAAAAUUGAAAAAUAGAUAUGCUUAAACUCGGUCCUUGGAAAUAGAUGUAUAUGAUUCAGGAAUUAUACUUAUUAUUGCAUUCACACUAUACCUGUCUGCACAUAACACACUUGUGUAUAACUAUUUUCUAUUCAAGGACAAAUACAAAGUAAGGUGCUUAUAUUUAUAAUCUGUCCUCUUGCAUUUUAAGUAAAUUGAUUAAGCGGAUACUAGCAGGGUUGAGUUGAUAUAAAGGGUUGAAUUGGCAAAUAAUGAUUAUUAAAAAAAUUCCUCGUCCAAUUUAUCUAAUUAUUCUAAAUAUUACAGGUUUAGUUUUUCGCAAGAAAAAAAUGCCCAGCUAUAUGCUUGAAAAUCGUAUAACCUCAUU